UUGAGUUUUAGAAAGAAGAUAAUGACGUUGCAACGCGCAUUUUUUAUAUUUCGUAAUGUUAGUAAUUCCAUUAAAGUGGACGCAGAAACCAGAAUACAUGUUCGAUCAAGAACAACGACGCCUUCAGGCGCCAUUCUUCCAGAGCCGAAAAGGACACGUUUUGGAUUCUUGGGUGUUAUUUGCAGUGUCAUGACAGGAUUGGUUAUCGGAGCCACUCUGAGCAAAAUGAUGGCUAAUUUUUUGGAAGAGAAAGAACUGUUCGUACCGUCAGACGACGACGAUGACGACGAUUAAUUAUAAUCGUUUCACGCAUAAAAUAGAUGGCUUUAUCAAAAGAUUUACUUUCUUUCGCGUAUUUUAUGGUUCAGUCAUUGUUAAUUAUCGAAUCUCUCCUUAGAGUGUUUUUCGCGUAAUGUAUCGCUACCAAGUUACUUGCAAUUUUGCAACGUUACUACAAACUGGCAAAUUACCUGGAUAACUUUGUCAUACAUGUACGUACAGACGUACAUUUUUCAUUCGAUUCCUUCUUACGUAUGUAGGUAUACGAAAGCGUCCUAUUUUGCCAAUUUUAUUCGAAUUAAAAUGGAAAGAAAGAAUACAUACAUAUAUUAUUUAAUAAUCUUUUCUGAUAAACGAAAAGAGAAGAUACGUGUACAAAUAUAUCGCUAUAUAUGUUAUUUCAAGUUGCGUAAAGAAAAUGUACAUACCAGACACGCAUGUAUGCACGUAAAAUAUUUUGUAAAUAACUUAAUUGGGUUUGCGAAUGGAAUAGAAAUAAAAAAUGUCUGUGGCAGCAACGUUUCUCGGGCAUUAUUAUUGCUUCGUUUCGAUGAAAAAAGUAAUAAAAAAAAAAAAAAAAAAA